CCCGCAUGCGCCCAACUCCAGAAGAUGUGACUUUAGCGGCCAUUCUAACGGCAUAUUCAUCGUCCAGCCAUAGGACGGGUUUAGAGGGAGACAAACGCGUGGGUUUUACGGAAGCUUGGUGCUUCCACCUGGCCUGGAUGUGGUGCUAUCUCUCUAUCAAUCUUCAGACGCACGGCGAUCAAUCUUCACCUUAUUUUAUAUCGCAUCAGACGGGUAGACCUGCAGCCAACCUCUGUUUGAGAGGCCUGUAUUCUUCCAUACACUGCCCCACAAGCCGGGUACUUCGUCGACGACACGGAGACAUGGUAGGGGCGGCCGUUGGAAUCUGUCAGUUGUAUACCGCCCGUCGCAUCCUCGUUGAAACCCAACACCGCAUUAACGGCUUCAACACCUACGGUUAACACUACCCACUUUGAGUAGCGCGCGACACUCAGCGCUCACCCCCAGCCUUAUAUGGCGACCAUGGUGCAGGCCGAGAGCGUGACCACGACACACCUCAAGACUCCUGAGGUUACCAUCGACGUCCAGGAGAUCCCCAGCGCAAUCAAACCGUCGCUGCUGAUCCUCCACAACGAAGGAGAGGAGGACAUUGUUGGCAUUUUUGCAGAUGUACUGGGGCAGAAGUGGGAGUCCACCGCCUCAGUAGAUGCAGUGAAAGCAGGGCCGCCAGAGACGGUCUAUGGCUUGAAGAAUGGGCUUUCAGGCGCACAACUGGAGGGUUGGGACCGUUCAAGAUUGCUAAUCAACACACAUCGUGUGGAUGGAGGACAUGAGCUGGACGAGUCCCUCACUGACCACUGCGAUUACGAAUACCUCUACACGCGUACGCCUUUCUUUCGCCGAGAUGUCUCGCGCUACCUCUCUCUCAUUCUAGGGCAGAUUGCGCCUCACAGAGAUCUGGCGAAGAAGGCGCGCACAACACUGAUCUCCACGACCUUCCCCGACGUACACGCCGCGCUACCGAACCUCGAUAUUCUGUCAGUUGGCGCAGAUGCCAUAGAGAUACGUGUGGAUCUGCUGGAAGAGCCGCUGGCGGACGGAACCGUGAACAAGGCACCCGCCAAGGUACCCAGCCUGAAGUAUGUGGGUGAGCAGGUCAUGAUCCUGCGCCAGCGCACAGAGCUGCCCAUCAUCUACACAACGCGAUGCACCAACGAGAACGGGCGAUUCCCCAUGGACGAUCCUAAUCUCUUUUACAAAUAUCUGGCGCGCGCGAUACAAUGGGGUUGCGAAUAUAUUGAUGUGGAACUGUGGUUGCCAGAGGAGAUUAGACGGAAGUUGGCAGAGAACAAGGGCUGCAGCAAAAUCAUCUCUGCGUUUCACGACUUCUCGGGCACGUUUCAGUGGACAGCGCCGGACACACAAAGAUUGUUCGAACGGGGAGCGGUGUACGGAGACAUCGUCAAGAUGUACGCGCUAGUAAAUUCCAUGCAGGAGAAUUACGAGCUUGAGUACUUCAGGUCGACCAUCCAGACAAAGUACCCACACCCACCUUUUUCUGGACUGAACAUGGGCCCGACUGGGCAGCUGUCGCGUACGAUGAACAAGAUCUUCACCCCGAUAACACACCCACUGCUGCCAAUGAUUGCAGCGCCUGGCCAACUAAGCGCUGCCGAGAUUAACACAGCACUCCACACCAUGGGCCAGGUACCAAAGCAAGAUAUCUAUGGUAUCGGCAGUGUCCGGUCCACAUCACAAGCAAUGUUCUUCGAGAAGUGCUUCAAUGAGCUUAGUCUCCCGCACUCCUUCAUGUUUGCGCCGAGAGCGCCAAAGGCCUCGAUCGAACACAUCCUUCGGCGUCCUAAUUUUGGAGGAGCGUACAUCAAUCCUCCAUUAGCGGCGUCUUCGGCUGCAUAUCUGCCCUCACUGUCCAAUGCUGCGCGGGCCAUCGGACAGGUUGACACGGUGCUGGUACGCCCAGGCACUAACAGCCCAUCCUUCAUCGGCGACAAUGCGAGAUGGAAGGGCAUUCGCGCAACAUUGACCCGCGAUUUCGUGCCUUCGGCAUACAGCGGUGCAGCCGCACUACUCCUCGCCAGCAAUGAGGCUGACGCAUCAGCAUCAAUCUUCGCAUUGAAGAGUCUGGGCAUAGGGCCCAUUUACACAAUAGGCUUCAAGUCAAACGGCCCACUGUCGACUGACGUGCAGCCGGUACGGUCCGUAGAAGACGUGAAACGUUUAGAACAGCCGUUUGUUAUCAUUUCGGCGCUUCCAGCAGAGAAGUCGCUGCUCGUAGUUCCUUUGUUGAAGCACUACAGGGUUGAUGGACGUAAUGGCAGCACGAACGGGCAUGGCAGCGCAGGAGGGAAGCCUGCAGGCAAGGUGUUCGUCGACUUGGCCAGUGGGCCCCGUAAAGCUGACCCACUGGCUAUUGCAACGUCGGCGGGAUGGACUGCAUAUGGUAUUAGUGAUGUCUCGGCGUGGACUACAGUCGAAACGCUUAGGCAGCUUGUUGGGCAGAACGUGUGCUACGAUUUCGUACGUUUAGCAUCUGGAAGGGGUCUCUUUUAGAGUCGAG